GACUUGUUCCUCUUUUCGUAUUUUUACAGUCAAUUCCGAGUCACGAGGAGUCUAAUUGUUUUGUUUGGUUCCUGUCUUUGCACAAACACAACCAAAUCACCACGUCACGGUAUGGGCACCGUUGCAAACUGGACAUUGCGACUCAUCCUUCUUUGCAUUUUUUUAACAUGUCCUAUUCUAAGCCAUCCAAUGUUGCUGUCCAAGUUUCCAUUCUUCACAGUAUGGAAUGCCCCUACUGAAAAAUGUGCAUCUCAAUAUGGAGUUGAUUUGGACUUGAGCAUGUUUGAUAUCAUCCACAACGUGAACGAGAGCUUUAUUGGCAGUAUGAUGACCAUCUUCUACUCGGACAAACUGGGUAACUAUCCUCACUACAAUACAACCACAAAUGAAUCUGUAUUUGGAGGCGUACCCCAGAACUACAGCCUGAGCAAACACCUCUUCCAAGCCAAUGUCGAUCUGCAAAAGUACAUUCCAGAUAAAGACUUCAGUGGCCUGGCUGUAGUGGACUGGGAGAGCUGGAGACCACUGUGGGACCGCAACUGGAAUAGAAUGGAGAUAUACCAUGAAGGCUCUAGAAAAAUAGUGAGGGAUAAACACCCUGACUGGAAACCAGAGCAGAUUGAACCCCUGGCCAAAAAAGACUUUGAAAGGGCAGCACGCGACUUCAUGGAGCAAACAAUAAUGCUGGGACAGAAUGAGCGACCAGGGGGGCUGUGGGGUUUCUAUGGCUUUCCAUGCUGCUACAACUACCAGUACAAAAAAAAUGAGACAUACACAGGGAAGUGUCCACCACUAGACAUGAAGAGGAACAACAAUUUAUCUUGGUUGUGGAACGUAAGCACAGCUCUGUACCCUGAUAUUUACAUGGAUCUGUGCCUCAAGGGUCGUGACAGAGACAUUCUACUUUACGCCCAAAAUCGAAUAAAGGAGGCUAUGAGAGUGAGAGACCUCGUCUCCCCUAUUCAACCAGUUGUCAUCCCCUACACCCGUAUCGUCUAUACCUACUCAAUGACAUUCCUCUCACAGGAGGAUCUGGUUCAUACCAUUGGAGAGAGUGUUGCGUUAGGAGCAGCAGGGGUGGUGCUAUGGGGAGAUGCUCUCUACUCCUCAAACAAGAGUACAUGCCUAGCUGUGAAGAAUUACAUCGAUGAGACGCUAGGCCGAUAUUUGGUAAACGUGACUGAAGCGGCGCUUCUCUGUAGCAAGGAACUGUGUUUGUUCAAUGGCCGAUGUGUGCGGAGAGACCCAGCUUCUUCAGCCUACCUUCAUCUUGACCGAGCAGUAUGGACCAUCAUCCCCAGAGCUGAGCUUCCUGAACAGAACCCUAAAAGUCCUUCAUAUGUGAUAAAAAUGAACAAUAAGGAGGAGGGCUAUCAUUUUCCAAAACUAUUUAAGUGCCAGUGUUACCCAGGUUGGGAGGGUGAACACUGUGAGAAACAGAUUGCUCCUAAGUCUAGACAGAGAAAUUAAAUAUCUAUAGACUGGACUAAGUUGUAGUCUGAGCAGUGCUGGCACAUCCUGUAAAAACAGACACUCUGAUCAAAUUAUCGUAAAUAUCUAUAAAAUUUUAACAAAAUCUGAAAUUUUUUUUUAAAAAUGAACCUUUUUAAAUUAGCAUGAUUGUUUUUUACCUGCUAUAUUUACUUUACAGUUGAAGUCUACAACACAGGUUUAAUACGUUUUUUGAGAAUGCUGCUAUUUUAAACCUUGAAUCAAGUAAGUUAUUUAAAAGGUCUAGAAAAAAUUAAGCAACCCAUAUUGUCUGUUGUGGACUAAACACAACACAGCAUUUAUGGGUACAGUGUUUGCAAUUGUAAACAUUAGAAAUCGAUUAAAUAAUAUUUGUUUUCAAUAACACUUAGAAUUAUUUCAGAAUGAACAGAAUUACUUGUCUGUUGUAGAUAGAUAGAAUGUUGACAUGGCGCAGGUCAGUGCGAUUUUUGACCACCCUCUUCUGGGGAUUUCUUGUACUACAAUUGCCAAAUAUGUCUGAGGUUAUAAUCUCGGCUUGCCACUAGAUAGCAGUAAAGGUACAUCAAAACAGUGUGUAGUCACUCGCACAUACGUCUUGCUGUAUCUACAAUUUUAUAGCUAGGCAUUAACUAAGAUCUGUGAUCAGAUAGAUAAAUACUUUUGAGCAGGAGUUGAGUUGUGAGAUGUGUGUAGUGUAGGCAUCAAAGUUGCUGACUGCUGAAAGAAACUUGAGUCAUGAAUGAAUGAAUAUUAAAAGUCAGGUAAUGAUGAACAAUUAUUUAUAUGAUUGUACUGUUUAAGUUGGUAUGGACCCACGAGACCUUUAUGUGGGUUUCUGUCUUUGUUACUUGUUUACUAUUGUUAUUGUUCAUAAAUCACACAAGGAUCUUCAACAGUAAAUGUAUACAAUUUAUUUGUAAUACUGAUAUUUAUAUUUUAUUGACCUGCAAAUAAGAACUGAAUGGCUUCAAAUUGAACUGAUGUACUGUACAAUUUCCCAGCAUUCUUGUUUGCUUCCAAACAAUCAGAAAUAAAUACUGAAUGGCCAUUUUAUCAAAA